UCAGUGGGCCCAGACCCCCUCUAUGUGCCCAGACGUGGUGCUGAGCAUGGUGGAAUCGGCUCAGGACACGCGGGGAGCUGUGCGGAGCCACGUGGAGCCACACGGAGCCGCAGGGGGGCCUUAAACCCUGAAUCAAAGGCUGCUGCUCUCUCACCGGGAGUGUUUACUCUGGCUAAUGCUCCACAACUUCCUCCAGCACUGGGUGGUGGGUCAGAUUGACAAGCUCACGUCAGAUUUUGACUUUGAUCUGGAGCCAGACGACUGGACAGUGGCGACCGCAAGCAGCACAUCCAGCAGCGAGCGUGGCCUGGGCGAGGCCUUCCGGCUGGACUUCCUCAGCCACGAGGUGCUCUCUGACAGCUGGGACUUCUGCAGCUACCUGGAGGCCUCAGGCAGCACCGGCCACAAGGCACCCCGCGAUGACGACCUGGAAGAGGAGCCAGAGAGGUCGGCCACGCCCACACCAACGCCCACCACAGCCAGCGUGUACUCGCAGAUGAACGGUGGUCUCCCCAUCCCCAACGGACCCUUGAUUGUCACGCCGGACUCGUCUAGUGAGGAGGCAUCGAGUUCCACGCACAGCCAGAAGACCUCCCGCACCUCCGGGACCCGAGAGAGGGUGCGAUUCAGCGACAAGAUUCUGUACCAUGCGUUGUGCUGUGACGACGACGAGGACGAGGGCGAGGACGAGGAGGGCAAAGGGGAUUGCGGACCACCAGACACGGACAGCGAGCCCAGCCCGCAGGCCUACUCACCCGUCCCCCCACUUUCCUCUUCAUCCUCCGAGCACUCGCCUGCUCUCCACAUCUGCCGGGAAACAUCAUCGGCGGGACCGUCGCCCAUUAAGAUGGCCAUGCUGGGGCCUCACACACUACCCAGGAAGGGUCUCCUUAACCCGGGCUGCAGGAAAAAACUGCUCCGAAACAGCAGUACGCAGACAGUGUCGGACAAGAGCACUCAGACUGUAUUGCCGUAUGUCUCGGCCAAACAGAAAACCAAGGACCACUGAGAAUACACUCACACUUACCCUGAACACAAAAAAGAAAGAAACACCCGAGGGAAUACUAAAAUGACUGUGUGCUAUUUAAUAUUAAAUACAUAGAUAAUAGAUUAAAACAAAAAUUAAUAAAUGAAUUACUAAAUAAAUAAAUUAUAUAUGGGAAAUUUGUCAGACUAAAGUCAUUCUAUAGCUCAGGGAUCAAAAGCACUGAUAAGCCUCCUCUAGCUCCAGAUCAUGAGAGGUGCACAACAUUGGUAAACCCAGGUGAUAUAUUUAUUAUGAGUGUUUACAUAUUCAUGUGUUCCUACCUGCUUAGAGUACAUACCUUAACAUGGUACACAUUCUUCAGUAUUCCUGUGUUAAAUUGUAGUCUAACAAACAAUCUCUGUGUCACAUACAUUACAGCAUCUACACAAAAUGAACAUAUCCCCAAGGGUCCAUAUAUCCAUGAUCAAGCCUACAGAGGGAACUAAGUUAACCUCAGCUUGACUUCCAAUUGGUUUAUUAAGCCAUUUCAAAUUCAAAUCCUUUCAUCUGCUGCUGUGACUGAAGCAGGGUGGGUGUAGCGGGAUCCAGAGAAAAAAUUGCAUUU